AUGAGGACGAUAAGUAAACAUUCAUUUCGAUAUUCAGACAAUGGUGAGCUAACGUCGUGCCAAUUUAAGGAACACGAAAUCCGUAGCGAGUGGCGCUUGAUAUUACAAGAAGAGGCGAAUGGCACGUUAGGCUUGUUAAGAGAAAAUUCUGUAGCCGAUGGAUCCGUGUUGCAUAUGAUAUGCAAUUCGUCAGAUGUAACGCAACUAUUAUGUACGAACGGCAAAUUCAAUAUUCCAUUACCUCUCCCGCAUUGCUCUAAUCCCUUAAAACCGCAAUUACAAGAAACGCAUCAUUUUUAUUGUCCAUAUAAAGCGUAUUGCGUGGGUUUCGAAUUCUCUUGUAAUAACGAUAAUUAUUUUGUAACAGCAUAUCGUACGUGCUUCGAUCAUGAACGCAUGCGAACUGUAUAUACGGCAAAUGAAGCUUAUCCGUAUGUUAUGCGCCGACCGGACAAACUAUUGUUUAAUCCAGAUAACAUUUUUACAUUGAAUUUCUUUUCGGCGUACAAUAAACGUGAUAUUUAUGCACGCUUCUGCGAACUGUUGGGUGCGGAACAGCCGUUUAUGUCCUAUAACGAGCAAGGGCGGCGAAUUGAUCGUGGGCAUUUAACACCGGUAGCAGAUUUCAUGACCAAUAAUAUGAUGAGUGCCACGUUUAAAUUGAUUAAUGCCAUCCCACAAUUUCAUAGCAUCAACGACGGCAAUUGGAAUAUUCUUGAGGAGUGGGCUCGUAAUCCCAUCAAUACACCCGCCAAAGUGUGUAAUGGUGCCUUAAGUUUCGUUUUAGAGCUGCCCAACUCAUCUAAUCAAUACGUAGCGAUGUACUUAAAGGGCAGCAUGAUACCGAUACCAUUAUGGACUUUUAAAGUCGUUUUGAACUCUCGAGGCGUUCGUACAGUUUUUUUGCAAUACAAUAAUAUACACGACAGAACUGCACCAAAUAUACCUAUAGAUAACUGCAUUUCGGUUCCUUGUCCGUCAAAUUUAAUUGUAAAUAAUUCAAAUUUUAACGGUUACACGAUUUGCUGCGAACAGCAACAUUUCAUGAAAAAGAAUUUACCAAAUUUAGAAAAAUAUUGCUAA